AUGUGGCUCAAGGAUUGUGCCCUGUUCCUUCAGGAGAUGUUACGACUCGAAGGACAAGGUGACAUUAGUGCAGAGCCCUGUUCCAGUUGUGGUAAUCUGCAUCCAGAAUAUCGAUGUGAAGACUGUUUUGGGAUUGAACUCCAUUGUUCCUCUUGCACAGUGGUGGCCCAUAAGGAUCACCCACUACAUCGAUUGCAGAAAUGGAAUGGUAAUUACUUCGAAUCUGCAAGUCUGAAGAGCCUUGGUCUCUGGAUUCAACUCAGUCACGCACUGGGCCAUACUUGUCCCAAUCCCCGUCGUGCAUUCAAUGAUGACUUCAUUAUUAUAGAUUCUCAUGGCGUCCACGAGGUAUCAUUGGAUUUUUGUGACUGCACUCUGGCGACAACCCAUGUACAACAACUCCUUCGCAUGUCACUCUUCCCUUCAACUACUGCGGACCCCAAAACAGCCGCUACAUUUCAUCUUCUAGAAGAAUUUCACCUCUUGUCUCUCGAGUCGAAGGUGUCUGCCUAUGAGUUUUAUUAUGCACUGAUGCGGAGGUCUGAUAACACGGGGAUCAGUCCUAUCAAGGACCGAUACAACUCAUUCAUGAGGAUGAUACAUGAAUGGCGUCAUCUCAAAAUGCUCAAGCGAUCUGGGAGAGCACACGAUCCCAACGGCAUUGAUGCAACAGCGGAGGGUGCAUGCACUGUUCUAUGUCCAGCCUGCCCACAGCCUGGGAAGAACUUACCAUCCAACUGGAGAGAGGCCCCCCCCGCCAAAAGCUGGUUGUAUGGCCUAUUUGUGGCCAUCAACGCAAACUUUCGGCUGAAAUGGAAAGUCGUGUCAAAGGAUAGUGUGGACCCUAGCCUUAGUAAUGGCUGGGGAUACUUCAUUGAGGAAAGUGCAUACAAGGCCUUCCUGAAUGAUAAUUCUGAUGUUAGCCAAGAGAAGUCUACUUGUUCGAGCCAUUAUGCGGUAAACAUGGCUGAUACUAAAUCAAAUCGUGGCCUGGAAGCUACAGGGCUUGGUACCAUCAACUGUGCUCGACACAAUAUGAAGUUACUGACGGCAGUCGGGGACCUCCAGAAAAGAGAAAAAUACAUGAAUAUGGAUUAUUUGUUUUUCUCGACCCUUUGGCAUACGACUGUCGAUAUUCUGAAUGUCUCCUAUGAUAUCGCGUGCCAGUGGAAUAAGAAUCUAUGGUGCCACAUGAUGUCAUUGCCCCCUUCCAUGCAACUGAAAUAUGACGCCAAGAAAAUCACUUUCUUUGUCCCUAAGUUUCAUCUGCCGGCUCACAUUCAACAAUGUCAAACUAGAUUUUUGUUCAAUUUUUCACCCGGCAUUGGACGAACAGAUGGAGAAGCUCUGGACACGAAAGAGAUGGGCCCAGGCGCAAGACGAGACACGUUGGGUGGUUUUUUUGGGGAUUGGAACUGGAGGAAAAUCACUGGUCUACGUCACACAAUGUUGCGUAAGAUGAAAGAUGCCUUGCUGGAAUUAUCAGAACAUGAAGCGGCCCUGGAUGACCUCAAAGAAUGGCUGAAAGAAGAAUACUCGGAAGCGCUGAGUAGGUGGAAAGAGGAAGUCGAGGCAUGGGAACGUGAUCCCUCCCAGCUGAACCCGUAUGAACGAAGUGUAGAAAAUAUCACCCUUGCCUCUGUGCGUCUCGAACUCGCAAAAGAGGAGGCAUCGGAAAUAGAACUUGGUGGCUCCCACGUGCUGCAUGAAGAUUGUUCACCUAGCGCACUGAUUAGCAGUGGCCUAGAACUCAAAGAGCAACAUAACAGUCUUCAGCGCCGGAUUGAGGCUUGGGUCAAGGUCCAGGAAUUAUACAUGCCAAUGGUCGCAGCUCUACGACGAGACAAGGCCAACGGUGUCGUCGCUCCUGAAUCUUUCCAGCUUUUGCUUCCUUCUCAGGUUGGCGGAACUGCUACUUGUGACCUCAAAUUUCAUACCAUUGAGUGGAAACUUCAAUAUGCACAAGCUCACAAUACCCUCCGCUCCCUACGUUCUAAUCUCCGCGCACAAACUGCUGUCCUCAAGUACAAGGAUCGGAAUCUUCGCGGUCAAGGCGCCAACACCAGAGCACAUAACACGCUCAAAGGGAUUGAUGCAAGGAUUGAGGCAGCAUCGACCCGAUAUCAGGAUGCACGCAAGGCGCUGGUUAUUCUCGCUCCCCUUGUCAAGGAGACAGGAUGGCAGUCCUCCCUGCAACCACUCAAUUGCAAAGAUAUCCGGGGAAUGUCAGAUCUCCUGUGGGGCCAGACCGAGGGAAGGCGCAAGCUGUCUUGGAUUUGGAAUAUGUGGGGUGCACAUGGUGAUGAGUUAGGCAAUGAUGGAUCUAUGAAAGAUAUGAGGAUUGAAUGGUGUAAAGCCAGGGCACCCGCAAUGCGGUGGAAGGAAGAGGUUGAGUUGUUAUGGGAGGAGAUGAGGAGGAUCCUACAGUUCUUUGAUUGGCAAGCCACGUCUUGGGAUGAGCACGUGAAUCAAAGCGGGUCCGAGAGUCCCACAGAAAGAGAAGGCGAGAUCACAUAUGCUCGACGUCAAGCAGCUUUGCGUCAUGCACUGUCAGUCGCAUGUCAGUCCAGUUGGGAAGUCUAG